AUGGAUAACCAAGAAGAAGUUCAAUUCGAUUAAAACGAAGAAAUAGAUCAAGAAUUCGAUAAGAUAGAUGAAUAAGAUAUCGUAUUAGAAAAGAUUGAUGAGUUCGCUAAAGAUAUUGAUUUUGAAAAACCUGAAGAAGCAGCUAAAAAGAGUGAAAUGAGAAGAAUUCCAGUACCUCCUCACAGAUUAACUCCAUUAAGAUAAAGUUGGGAAAAGAUUGUUACUACUGUUGUAGAAAAUAUGAAAUUAUAAAUCAGAAUGAACACCAAAAAGAAAGCUGUUGAAAUUAAAUCAUCAGAACACACACCUGAAACCUCUGCCGUACAAAAGACUGCUGAUUUCUUAAAGGCUUUCAUGCUUGGUUUCGAAUUAAAUGAUGCUAUUGCUUUACUAAGAUUAGAUGAUUUAUAUAUUGAAUCUUUUGAAGUUAAGGAUGUUAAAAAUUUAAGUGGUGAUAACUUGUCUCGUGCCAUUGGUAGAAUUACUGGUGAAAAAGGUAAAACUAAGUUUGCUAUAGAGAAUGCAUCAAGAACAAGAAUCGUAGUUGCUGAUAAAAAGAUUCACAUAUUAGGUUCAUUCAGUAAUAUAAAAUGCGCUAGAGAAGCUAUCUGCUCCUUGAUUAUGGGUAGCCCACCUGGUAAAGUUUACUCUCAACUUAAAUUCAUUGCUAAAAGAUACUUAGAAAAGUUUUGA